AUGUAGUUAGCGUUUGCUUUAAGUUGUUCGGUUGGAGUUAUGUUUAUUUGUUCUGAUGAUGGCAAAGUGGCUUGAUGUCUCUUGUGUGUACUUGGGCGUUUUAUUUUGCCUUCAAAAUACCAUUUUCUAUUCCAAUGGAUACUUUUUCAAAAUCAGAAAAACUGAGUGCAUAGCAAACGGAGCAUAUUUUAGCAAUGUCUCUUGCAUUCUGAAGCCAAUAAACUGGACUCGAUCGGUAUUGAACAUGGAUUGCGACAUAAGGGACGCGUUGACAGAUAUUAAAAUGUCAGUUGAAGUAUUCUACAAGGAUUCUUCGAAUUUUUACAAGCCCUUUGCCGUAAAAUUUAAAUUUGAUGUUUGCCAAUUGUUAAAGAAUAAAACACAGCGUAACUUUUUGGAAAAAUACGCUAUUAGCCAUUUGAUGGAAUGGACUAAUGUAAACCACAGUUGCCCAUAUAGGGUAAGCUUAUAUAAGUCAAAUUUCCUUUAUAUAUGCAAUAUUUGUAUGUUUCUAAAGGGUCAUUUGAUUGCGCGUAACUUUCGUUUGGACGAGGUCUCUCUGCCCAUACUUCCAAUUCAGGAUUACAAAAUUGCAUUUAACUUUUCAGGAGCCAAGCCAGGAAUCCACUUGGGAAUGGUUUUGAUCUAUUUUGAAAUUCUAGAGGAUUAUUACAAGCACAAAAAAAAUAAGCCACUACCCAAGCCGUUGAACUUUGUUUAAGAUUCAUAAAUAUUCAUAAAUAUACACUUUUAAAAUUAGGUUUUAAUACAAA